AGACAAACUGUCAUAUAAAAUCUGCCCGCUAGAUGUCGCCAUUUCCUGUGUCUUGCUGUAGGAACGUUUCUUCCCCAGGAACCACAUAUGUCAGCAGAGUUCCCGGGAGGACGGAGAUUGGGGGUGAACGGGAUUGGCCACACAGACAUUAUACUCAGUUGGCGCAGUCAUCCUAUCUCUAGGAAUUGGGCACACUGGCAUUAUAUCCAGAGAGGAAACAGUGAUACUACCUACAGGGACUGGGCACAUUGGCUACCUACAGGGACUGGGCACAUUGGCAUUAUACCCAGGGAUUGGUGUGCAGCAGGCACAGUGAUACUACCUUCAAGGACCGGGUUAACUGGCAUUUUCCGCUGGGAUUUGAGUGCAGUGAGGACAGUGAUACUACCUCCAGGAACCAGACACACUACCAUAUUUACCAAGGAAUCAAAGUUCAGUGGGCACACUUUUUUUUUUUUUUACCUCCAGGAAUCUGAGUACAGUGAUACCUCCAGGUUCUAGGCACACUGCCAGUACCCCAGGAAUCGGAGUACAGCGGGCACAGUGAUACCUCAAUGAAUUGUAGUACAGCGGGCACAGUGAUACCUCCAGGAAUCGGAGUACAGCGGGCACAGUGAUACCUCCAGGAAUCGGAGUACAGCGGGCACAGUGAUACCUCCAGGAAUCGGAGUACAGCAGGCACAGUGAUACCUCCAGGAAUCGGAGUACAGCGGGCACAGUGAUACCUCAAUGAAUUGUAGUACAGCGGGCACAGUGAUACCUCCAGGAAUCGGAGUACAGCGGGCACAGUGAUACCUCCAGGAAUCGGAGUACAGCAGGCACAGUGAUACCUCCAGGAAUCGGAGUACAGCGGGCACAGUGAUACCUCCAGGAAUCGGAGUACAGCGGGCACAGUGAUACCUCCAGGAAUCGGAGUACAGCAGGCACAGUGAUACCUCCAGGAAUCGGAGUACAGCGGGUACAGUGAUACCUCCAGGAAUCGGAGUACAGCGGGCACAGUGAUACCUCCAGGAAUCGGAGUACAGCGGGCACAGUUAAACUUUCAGGAAUCGGAGUACAGCGAGCACAGUUAAACUUUCAGGAAUCGGAGUACAGCGGGCACAGUGAUACCUCCAGGAAUCGGAGUACAGCAAGCACAGUGAUACCUCCAGGAAUCGGAGUACAGCGGGCACAGUGAUACCUCCAGGAAUCGGAGUACAUCGGGCACAGUGAUACCUCCAGGAAUCGGAGUACAGCGGGCACAGUGAUACCUCCAGGAAUCGGAGUACAGCGGGCACAGUGAUAACUCCAGGGGCUGGGAACACUGCCAGUACCCCAGGAAUCGGGGCACAGCGAUACCUCCAGGGGCUGGGCACACUGCCAGCACCCCAGGAAUCGAAGUACAGUGGGCACAGUGAUACCACCAGGGACUGGGCACACUGCCAGUACCCCAGGAAUCGGAGUGUAAUAGGCACACUACCAGGAUGAAGAGUGAUGUGUGUGUCCAGAACACCAAUGAUUUCAGCACCGUCAGCAAAGUGUCGGCGGCAGCAAUGGGCUACUUCACCGACGAGUUCCAGAAAUAUUUUGUAAGUCGGACGAGCAGAAGAUCCCCGCUCAUCCACAGGGGGUACUGUGUCCGCUCGCAGGCCAUCAAUCACUGUAUCGGGGAGUUUCUCCAAGACACCCAGGAUUGUGCGCACAGACAGGUUCUGUCCUUGGGAUGUGGAUUUGACUCGCUUUAUUUCCGGGUGUGCGGGAAUCUGGAGGCGAAGGGAAGCACCUGUUUCUGGGAAGUGGAUUUUCCAGCGGUGGUGAAGCGGAAAUGUCGGGUGAUCGCAGGGACAGAGGAGCUGAAGAGGAUGCUUGGUGAUCAGGCCGACUACGAUGGCUCCGGAUGUUCCGUCCUUCUCUCAGAUGACUAUAAGCUCCUCGGUGUGGAUCUUGGUGAUAUUGCUGCCCUGGAUUCUGCGUUGGAUGGUGCUGGGUUGAGAUGGAAUUGUCCCACUCUUGUACUGGCAGAGGUAGUUCUGUGUUACAUGGAUCCCACCAGAUCGACAGACGUGAUUGGCUGGGCAGCAAGACGCUUUCCUCAUUCCCGCUUCAUCUUAUAUGAGCAGUUUUCACCAUGUGACCCGUUUGGUCAGGUGAUGAUGAAUCACUUUGUUUCGCUGAACUCUGCACUGCGGUCAGUGGCGGCGUAUCCGCGGCUGGAGGAUCAGGAGCGCCGCUUCCUGCAGGAGGGUUGGGAGAAAUGUCGUGUUUUGGACAUGAAUGAAUUCUCCGCGUUGUGCGUUCCGCACCUGGAAAAAACGCGAAUCGAAUCGCUGGAGCCAUUUGAUGAGUUUGAGGAGCUCCACCUCAAGUGUUCUCAUUACUUUAUCUUGGCGGCCUCUCGGGGAACUCUAGCAGACUGUACGGCCCUCCGACCGCUCUGUGAUACUCAUAUAGAAUUCUCAGUACUUCCAGCUCCGGAGUUCCGUGGCUCUCUCCCUGUGAAUCCUUUCACCACUUCUGUCCGCGGUCUGCGCCGGUUUGGUCACCGCUCCUGUUCAGUGUCUUCCCAGGUCAUCAUCUCUGCUGGUGGGUUUGGGGAAGGAGACGGCAAGCACCGAAGAUUAGACGACAUCCACCUCUUAUUACGGAAAGAUGAGGCCUGGGGGCGAGAGACGAACACGGACCAAUGGGAUGGACGUCUCAUGCACUCUCUUACCCCUCUCGCCGGUGGUCAUGUUUUAGUCUUGGGUGGUCGAUUCUCCCCUUCUAGACCAGCGAAUGGUGUCCAUAUUCUACAGUAUGAUGAGGCGACAAAUCGUGUGAAGAUGACACCGAGAGAUCUCCUUCCUGAACUGCAUCGCUGGAGACACACUGCCACUGAGGUGUCCCUCCACGGAGAGCGAUACGUCUUUGUGUUCGGAGGUCGCUCUGUGCCGUCUGCGGCCCUGCGGGAAGACGGCCUCUUUCUCCGAACAGAGGAGCUACGCUGGGUUCAGGUAGGUGUUGAAGCGCUGAGAACAAAUGCAAAUGGCGAGGCUCACUCCGCGGUGUUUGUUUACUAAAGGCACCCGCUUCGCAAGGAAAGCGUUCGCUUUGCAAGGACAUUUUUUCCUUUGCUUAGUAAAUAAGGUGAAACCGCAGGGC